AUGAUGGGCUGCAUCACUGACUUCUUCACCUACGAGACCACAAAGUCCGUGGUGGUGAAGAGCUGGACCAUUGGAGUGAUCAACCGGGUCGUCCAGCUGCUCAUAAUCACUUACUUCAUUGGCUGGGUGUUCUUGCACGAGAAGGCCUACCAGGUGAGGGACACGGCCAUCGAGUCCUCCGUCAUGACCAAGGUCAAGGGCUUCGGCGUCUACAACGGCAGAGUCAUGGACGUGGCCGACUACGUGACCCCCACGCAGGGAGCCUCGGUGUUCUGCAUCAUCACCAAACUCAUCACCACCGAGAACCAGGUUCAGGGUUUCUGUCCAGAGAGCGAGAUCAAGUACAAGUGCAAGAGCGACAGCGACUGCAGGGUCUUCAUGGAGAAACCCGGAGGGAAUGGUGUCAUGACGGGAAAGUGUGUGAGCUUCAACAGCACGCUCAACACCUGUGAGAUCCGAGGAUGGUGUCCUGCCGAGAUCGACUACAUAAAGACGGAGCCUAUGAUGGAGGUGGAGAACUUCACCAUAUUCAUCAAGAACAGCAUCCGCUUCCCGCUGUUCAACUUCACCAAGGGCAACUUCCUGCCCACCAUCACGAGCUCCUACAUCAAGAAGUGCAACUUUGACCCCGUAAACAACACCUACUGCCCCAUCUUCAGGGUCGGAGACGUGAUCCGCUUCGCCCACCAGAACUUCUCCACUCUGGCUCACAAGGGAGGAGUGAUCGGCAUAAAGAUUGGAUGGGUGUGUGACCUGGACAAGUCGGAGGACAGCUGUAAUCCGUCCUACUCCUUCACUCGGCUGGACGCCGUCUCCGAGAAGAACAACGUCUCCCCGGGGUACAACUUCAGAUACGCCAAGUACUACAUGAUGGAGAACGGCACUGAGUACCGCACGCUGCUCAAGGCCUACGCCAUCCGCUUCGACGUGCUCGUAAACGGCAACGCUGGAAAGUUCAACAUGAUCCCGACUCUGAUCAACAUGGUGGCGGCGUUCACCUCUGUCGGAGUGGGAACUGUACUGUGUGACAUCAUCCUCCUCAACUUCCUCAAGGGGGCGGAGCAAUAUAAGGCCAAGAAGUUUGAAGAGGUCUCCGACACCCAGAUUGCAUCUUCCGUCUCCCACGGCAACGGGUUCGGGCGCAGCAGCUGUAGCCAGCUAGCGGUCAAGCAGGAUGAGAUGCGCUCCACCGACUCCGGCGCCUUCUCUAUUGGACAGGAGCUCUGA